UGUGGCCAAUCGCAAAGGUCUGGCAGCGCUGGUCCAUUGUUGUCUGCGAUUUAAGUUUGUUGUCUUUUGUUAUACGCGUUCAAAUUCCUAUAAAAUGGCCGAGGAAAUCGACGAUAACGAAUUCUACCGGGAGAACUUCAGUGCGGAUUCCGACUGGGAGGUGUUCAACGCCCAGCUAGGCGAGAUCCUCCAGAAAUGGGACGUAUCCGCAGAUGCCGAAUCGCGGAAUCUCAAAUCCGAGGAAAUCUUUACCUGCAAUUGGAAGGUGGAGAGGGAAAAGCUGGACAUGUUGAAGAAUGGCAUUGAGGUGGAGUAUCACCAGGCCGUCCUGGAGGACGAGGAACUCUCCAGGGAGGAGACCAAGGAGAAUUCCUGCCUGCAACGCACCAGUUGCCACCAUGACCUCAUGUCAACUGGGAGUAGCUUUGGUCCUCCAAUUAGGAGCUCGCAGGAUCUGCACAUACUGGCCAGGAUCUACGGACUAAGGAGGUUCAUUGUCCUCCACCCCGUGAAUUGCACUCUCAACUACAUGAAGUCCACCUCGGAGUUCAACUUCUUCCUGAGCGCCGUCGCCGUUGUUUCUGCCGAAGUUCAGAGCGUGGUUCCCAUCUUCGUCCAGAUCUACGAUCCCAAAUGGAACUUCUACACGGGCGUGGCCCUGGCGCCUGCGCUGAGAACCAAUUUCAGGCUUAUUGGACUGGAGAAGGCCCCGCCAGAAUGUCGGUUCCUGAUGGGUCUGCUCACCCUAUUCAGGGAAAAGGUGCCCACUUCCUACUCCCAGGCGGCCAUGAUCUCCGUUUGCACCACCUACGCUCUGGACACCAUGCGCAUCCGCAUGCCCAUGUACGUGCCCUUCGACCACGGCCUCAGCUCCGAGGAUACCGUAGUGGAUGGAGAAGUCUCGGACCUGGAGGUGCAGCAGUUCUGUGCCUUACCACAUGGCUACACUCCCGAGUCUCGCACGGAAAUCUACCUGGUCUACACCUGGCCAGAGCUGUCCGAACACGUGGCCUUUGAUAGCGAGCAGAGGAGCGACUUUGUGCCCUCCAAAGCUCCGCUGGGCAAGGUAUACCUCUCUGUUGAAGCCUCAUCGUAUCUCUCCUGCUGCCUGAGGGAUUACCAAUCGGUGGCAGAGGUUACUAGGUCUCUGGAGUCCUUUGUGGGCAGAAACUUCUCCGGCACUAGCAGCGGAGCAGAGGCCGCAUCCAAUCCCUUGGACCGCAUCACAGAGCACAAGCUGACAAAGCGUAGAGAAGGCAGCUUUGAGUUGCCCUCGCAGGCGGGAUUAACUAAGCGAUUACCUGGUCCCAUGACCGAAAGCGAGUUGAGCGAACUGUUGGCGUAUCUGUUCCCCGAUAUGCAUCCCGAGAUGGCGUUGUUUCCCUACGCCAAAAAGAGCUUCAAGGAUAAGUUCGACCCCAUGCGAUUUAAGAGCGCUGUUCCCGAUUCGUUGAUUUGUCGUCUCAGCUGUCUGCUGGCCACCUGCCACGCCCACCUGGGCAGCGUCGAGGGCAUGGCCCAGGCGUGGGCGGCCUUCACCCGUCAGCUUCGCUUGCUGUGGGACAACUCGCUCACAGUUCCCGGAAUUUCCGCUGGCUUUCCCGACACGCGCACCUGCCUCCUCCACCAGAAACUCCAGAUGCUCAACGUUUGCGUGGAGCGUCGCGUGCAACGGGAGGCGAAUAGCAAAAGAAAAUCCGAGGGAAUGGUGCGAAAAGCUAGUGCCGAGAAGGAGGAGCUUGGGGAAGACGAUGAGGAUGAGGAUGAGGACGACGACGAGGGCGAGUUCUUUGACUGCGAUGAUCUGACUGCCGGUGCGGGCUCACCCACAAAAGCAGUUCUCAGUCUGAAGCCCGAGGGUCGCCUCAGGCGUUUGAACAACGAGCGAUUGCUGGAGGAGCCCGAUGAGUAUCUGUAUAUCCCAGAGACGCAGGACCCGGUUCCAAAGACCGAGGAUCAGCUGGAGGACGAUGCCGAAGUUAUGCUGAAACUGGGACCCGGUUCCGGCCUAUCCACCCAAAUGAUGUGCACUUCAUUGCUCUCCGAUAUGGAGGCGUUCAAGGCCGCCAAUCCCAGGGGCGCAAUGGAGGACUUUAUACGCUGGUACAGUCCCAAAGACUGGGAGGAGGUCACUGAUGAACUGGGCCAGGUGCAGCAUAAACUAAGUAUUCGAAUGACCACUGAGGGCAACACCUGGCAGAAGGUGUGGGAGCAGGCCCAAGCCGUUCCUGUGAGCAGACAAAAAAGGCUGUUCGACGACACCAACGAAGCUUUGAAAGUGCUGCACUAUAUGGAGACCCGGAAAAUGCACGAGAUCUACAAUCUGACCAUAAUUCCCCUACUGCACUCAGCUAUACUGAAACUAGCAGACAUUCUAAGCAAUGCCAAGCUGGAAGAUUUAUUCAGCGCCCAGAUAGAGAAACUACUCAGCGAUCUCUGCCGUCUCUCGCGCUCUCAUUCGGAUGACCCAACGCCAAUAAAACCCUUAUUGGAUGACCUGGCCGAGUUGGAGCGUCGGUUCUACCAGUUCAAGUGCUUCGAGCGACUAUCGGGCUAUCCGAACAGAAGCACUCUUCAGCAAGUGAAACUUCAGUUCGAGGAGAUCCUCCGCAAUGACAACUGUUGCACGAUUGUAAACCGAAGACUGACCGCAGCUGGCGAUGACACUUUGUAUGACAUACUCAUACCCAAGCUGGAGGAGGACAUGGCCAAGCGGCUGAUAAGCAAGGAUUACAUCAUUCGAUUGGAUGGGGACACCAAGAGCACAGAGAAGGGGCUGUAUUUGGGCCCUCAGUUCAUGAGGGCUAUUGUAACCGGGGAGAAGCUGAGACUUUGUGGAGCGUUUACAGAAAGUACGGCGUUCGUCUAAGACAAAUGUUGUAGCUAUCUAAACAUAUAUGCUAGUUAAGUUAUACAAAACUAAUCAAAUUAGACAUCAAAAAUAGAUCUUCACACAAUUAUAAUAAUUCAGAAUAGCUGGAAUGACCAUGCAUUUUCGUCUUGUAACUCCACACAAAAUAUUAUCUUAUAGUAAUAAUCAUGCUACUCAAAUUGGUGUUAUUGGUGCUAUGUAAGGAAAUAAAAGUACAGUAGAAUCAACUACAUUGU